GGGGGCCACUCGGGCAGUGAGUUCCUGUGUUCGCUGUCCAUGCACUUGGGAAGCGGAUCUCACGUUCCCAGGCAUGGGUGCUUAUGACAUUGCGUCCAUCCGAAAUCCAGCCAUCAAGGAGCUCUUUCGACUCCGAGUGGGUGGACGGAGAGCGCGCGCUGCGCGAGGGGUGUGCUUGGUUCAUGGCAAGCAGCUGGUGCAGUCCAUUGGUGAGUUCUUCAAAUUCAGGGAGGUUUACACCCAUGAAGCGCAAGGGGUAUACAACGCAGACAGAGUUGUUCGGGUACAAAAGACCGUGUUGCAACAUGUCCUCUUCGGCCCCAAAGAGGAGCCGGCGAAGCGUGUGGAUGAUGAUGCUUUUGUUAUAGGAAAAAUUGACCAUCCCCAGCCUGUGGAGGAGUUUGAUUCGCCUCCCAAAUGGUUGCUUGCCAUAGACAAGAUCAAGCAUCCGGAGAACAUGGGCCUUCUUUUGAGCACUGCGGUAGCUCUGAAGUUCGACGGGGUGGUCUUCAACGCAGAGUGUGUGGAUCCCUUCUCCUACAAGGUGCUGGACGCUUCGCAGGCGGUUGCCUGGACAUUACCUUAUCGCUAUGCAACGAGCCAGCAACUCCUGGAGCUCUCCCGCAGGCAUGGGCUGCUCCUUUGUGCUGGAAGCACCAAGGGUCGGCCUUUGCAGGACUUGCCGACGUCGACUGGUCACAGGGGCUUUUGCUUGGUAGUAGGCAGCGAGGCUGAGGGUGUCCAGAAAGAGCUUCUGCAACACUGCGAGCAGGUGUCCUUGCCCAUGUCCGAGCUUGUGGAGUCGCUGAACGCAGGGGUUGCUGGCGGCAUUCUGAUGCACUCGCUUACAAUGCAGCUCGGAGGUUUUGCCUCGAAACACGUGGCUGUUGCUUGCUUUGCCGCAGCAGUUCAACAGUGGUUGCUCGACCUGUGCCUGAGAAAAAGCACACAUCUUGCUGCGGGCGUCUCAACACCAAGCCUAUUUUAAGU